AUGCGACCGUUCUCUCCCGCUGCCAGAGUGCUACCUGGCUCGGCGCCACGCAGCGCAACGCCUGUCAAGUCUAUCCUCAAGACCGCCUCUGUCCUUGGCAACCGCAAGCACCGGCAUGAGUCGAGCCCCGAUGCUCCCGAGAGCCCAACGAAGCGACGCAAAGUCUUUUUUGACGAUAUUCGGAACAUCACGUAUGAGGUGGGCCGCCGCACGAUGGAAGAGGUCAAACUGGAGGUGCGGAACGCCCUCGAGGGCCACCUUGGUGGCCAAGACAGCCGAUAUGACACGCUCAAAGAGAUGUUUGCCAAUGACACGAAGCGAUAUUUGCCUUCAGCCGCUGGCGAGGACGACACGCUCAAGCCCCACGAACUGCAGGCCUACGUCAUGGCUUUGACGAGUUGCGUCCCUAUUCUUAAGCACAAGGAUUUCAAUGGCUUAGUGCGUGUGGUUCUGCAGUGCUCGUGGCUCGGUAGAGAUGACGCCUUUGUCAAAUCAUUUACCCACUUCCUCGCCGCUCUAGUCAGCGCGCAGGGCUCUUACCUCGGCACCGUUCUAUCCAUGAUCGUGGACAAGUUCCAGCUGACGCGCCAGUCAAAAUGGGGAGUCCCCGACUUCCCAGAGGUCACCCGCGAGACUAUGCGCCAGCGCCUGCACUCAACGCUGCUGUAUCUCCUACAAAUGUUCCCAUCGGCUGUUUCGGUGCUCGAGAGUAUACUCAACGCCAAGUUUCCGUUCCCGGACGACUCAGUGCAGACACAUAUGGCCUACAUCAACAACCUGCUCAAGGUCAAGGAAUAUAUGCCCAAGUUGGAGAACGAAAUUCUCGAUAGCAUACUCAACAGAGUUGUCAAGAUUGACUCACAGAUGCAGCUAGAUCUUGAGGAUCUUGAUGAUGAGAUCACCACGGCCGUUCUUUUUGCGCUCCGUGAAAACCCCCACACAACCUCCGAUUGGGAGGAGGACGAGCUGGAUGAAAGCGAUAAUGAGUCUGUUGACAGUGAAGAUCUGGACUUGGAUGAGGAGACCACACAGAUCAAGACUGUCAAGGAAAACGUCGAUAAGAUGGAUGCCAUUCUCGAUACACUGUUCAAGUUCUACACGCCCUAUUUCCUCAACCCAGGCUCCGACAAAGCCUUUGACGCUUUUGCCAUUAUCCUGCGCGAGUUUGACCGCAUAGUCCUCCCUACAUAUAAGUCUCGCCACACGCAGUUCCUUAUUUUCCACUUCGCACAGCAGCACGAGCGCCUCACAGACGCGUUUUGCGGCCAGCUCAUUAGCACUGCUUUCCAGAACAACACACCCAACGUACUGAAGCAGGCUGCCGCUGCCUACCUCGCUAGCUUCGUCGCGCGCGGCGCACGGGUGCCUCGCAGUCUGGUACGCAGCAUUUUCUCGUUACUUCUAGUCCAUGUCGAGAACUACCGCCGCAAGUAUGAACCUACCUGCCGCGGUCCGGACCUGAAGCGAUUUCACCCUUACUACAGCUUGGUACAAGCCAUCCUGUACAUCUUCUGCUUCCGCUGGCAAGACCUCGUGGUGGCGGCCCCGGAUACCGUGGACACGGACGACGCGGCUUCGUAUAUCGGCCAGGACCUGGAGUGGGUCGGCAGCGCACGCAAAGACCUCUCCAUCCAAAUAUUUGGCAAGCUGAACCCACUCAAGGUGUGCGCGCCUGUUAUAGUCGAAGAGUUUGCCAGGCUGGCACAUCGUCUGGGGUUCAUGUACAUCUAUCCGCUGGUGGAGAGCAACAAGCGAGUACGUCUGACCCAGUUCAUCUCGUCGACGUACGCUACGGGCGGUGCGUUGCGUGAGGCUGGCUACGACCACGAGGAGAGCUUCCACCAGCUGGACCCCUACUUUCCCUUUGACCCCUACCAGCUGCCCAUCAGCAAGCGCUGGCUCGACGACGACUACGUGCACUGGAAGUCGGUGCCGGGCCUAAACGCGGACGACGACAGCGACGAUAGCGACGACAUGGACGAGGAGGACGACAAUGAGCUCGAAGAGGCUACUGCCACUGACAGCGAGGGCGGCGAUUACGAUUAA